AUGAGUGAGGUCUCGUCCACACGGCUUUACCUUGGGAACCUUCCCCGCAAUGUCACCAAACAGGACAUCGAAGAGCAUUUCAGCACCCAUGGCUCGGGUAAGAUCACUGAGAUCAAGCUCAUGAGUGGCUUCGGUUUCAUUGAGUAUGAGGAUGCAAUGGAUGCUAGAGAUGUUGUACCAGGAUUUCAUCUUUUUGACCGUCGCCGUUCUACAGAUGGCAGCGAUUUUAAGGGUGAGCGUCUCACCGUGCAGUUUGCACGAGGCCCACGUCACAAGGAGACUUUCUCUGGACCACCAGAUCGUCCUGUUGCACCGCGACCACGUCGCACCAUCUUUCGUAUGCAACUCUCUGGCCUUCCAGAGACCAGUUGGCAGGAUCUGAAAGAUUUCGCCCGACAGUCUGGAGUUGAUGUCGUCUACUCCGAAACCGGCCGUGACCGUGACGGAAGGGGCUUCGUCGAAUUCGAGUCUGCUGCUGACCUCAAGGCCGCCGUUGAGAAGCUCGACGGUCGUGAGUUCAAAGGUUCUAGAGUAGCCUGUGUUGCUGAUAUCCAAGCUCCUGAGGAGCGUCCCUUCCGUGACCCAUACCGGUCCCGUUCGCCUCCGCGUCGCGGAUAUCCGCCUAUUGAUGAUUAUGACAGGCGCCCUCCCCAUCCCCGUGGCUAUAGCCCUCGGACUCACUACCGUGAACGCUCUCCUCCGCCUCUUCCUCGCGACUACUAUGAUCGUGACGGCUACGGACGUCGCACCCCUCCUCGACCCCGGAUAGAUGACUAUCCUCCUCCCCGUCGCCCUUACGACGACCCUUAUGAUGCUCGUCCCCCACCACCUCCUCGUCACUAUGAUGAUCCGUACUUGGCAAGGGCGCCAUAUGGCCGUCCUCGUACCCCGCCUAGGGGUGGUUAUGGUGGUUAUGAUCGUCGUGGCUACUGGUAG